CCGAUGCGAGUCGGCGCUAUCUAUGUAUUGACUCCUAACUGAUAAUUUCCAACGUGUCGCAUUCAAAGCGACCAACGUCGAAUACUGGCUUAGCGCCGCUGAAUUCGACAUGCCAAUUAAGCUCCGCCGACGCCAUUCUACCACGCGCUUACUCGACGCCGGCAACGACAAAUUAAACGGCUCCGGCUCCUUCAUGACAAGCUUUGCAUCGCCCGCAGCAGGAUAUUCCCGGUUCCACGCCAUAGUCUCCGCGACGCCACGCGACGGUGGGGGCCCACCCGUCAUUUCAAAAGAACUAUUCCGACCGAGCUCAUGGGGAGAGAGCGUUCAAGGAACCAAGCGGAAACGAGACCUGAAUGACUCAGGGAGUGCGGACAAGGCGCUGCGACGAGCAAAUCAUAAUGAGCAACCGGCGAACUAUGAAGAUCGCCAGCAGCUGUUAGACGCCCUCAAGGAUCGCUUCAAGCAGAGCUCACAGGUCGAUUUUCAUGGAAGCUACGAGAUGAUGGAUUCUGAGGUUACGCAUAAGCAACGGAUACAGACUGUAACGCAUGAGAUUUGGAAGACUACUGGUUACAGAUUUACCGUCAAGGACCACCCACACAUCAACAACGGGCACAAAACACGAUUCUGGUGUUCUCAAGACGAAGCACACCGUUCAAAGCCGUCCAAAGCUGCCAGAGUGGCGCAAAUCAUUCCCAAACCCCGCGUAACGACUGGCGGGGAUAUCAUGGCGAAGCCGCGGUAUCCAUGUCGAAGUCGGCUGUUGAUCUCUUCCCGCGAUUCAAACAAACCUGGGGUCCGGAUUAUCACGGUGCGGAUGCACCAUCACGUCGCGCAUGAGCCGUACAUCGACUCUUCGCUGCCUCCUGAGGUGGCCCAAGGGAUCUGGGAGAGUUUUGGGUGGAUAAACGGGUGUCAUACGUUUGGACCUGGGUCGUCAGGCGCUACAGGGCAGUCUACCGGGCUGAGUUACAUCGCACCGCAGCUUGUCGCACCGCCAACUUCAGCCUCAGCCGUUGAGCGUGAGGACACAGAACGUGUGCCGGCUGACGAUGAACCGUACGAUGACGAUAACGAUUCAGAGCCGCCAAUGGAUAGCCUCCCUCCUCCGUCGAUAGAGCCGUCGUUGGGGGAGAAACAACAACAUGUGCAGCAGAAAGACUCCCCGCCAAUAACAUCACCAACAUCAAGCACCGAUACCCCCCCUGUUUUGGACCCAGACAAGUACCACCGGCGAAUGCGUGCUCAUAUCACCAACAUCCGCGAUUUUUGUGACGGACUGGAAUACCAGCUGCAGUUUAACGACACACGGAUGUUACAGGUGGUGGAGACGGAGGGGGCUUCGUUUCUUCGUCUCGUGGAGGAUUGCCUGAGGAAGGAGGGUAGGCUUGUAACGACAGAAGAUUCGUUGUUGAGUGACCACGGAUCUCCUGAGAGUGACGUUACGCCUGCUGGCCCCAGUGCUGAUGAGCGUUGAUGUCCCGUCUUUGUUGAUGGGUUUGUGGGGGAUUGCUUCCCUCAAGCUUGUCGCGACUCAGCGGCUCAGCAUCCCCUCAAUACCUAAACCAGGCCGCCGCCAUGUCCCGUAGGCAUAUCGUUCUCUACGACCCACAACUACCCCCCUUUUGUGUACACAUCUCCUGUGUAUAAGACCGCAUGAAAAACGUUGUAGCGCCCCC